GGGCCUCCGCUGAGGGGAGCUCGUGGUCACGUGAGGCAGAGGACGGCCCCCCCGCGCGCGGAAUAGAGAGCGCCAAGUCACGUGGAACGCGGAAUGGGAGAAGCGGAGGAAGGAAAUAAGGCGAAGAAAGGAGGUCACGUGACGGCCCGUGCGGCCAGGGGAAGCUCCUCGCUCACGUGGUGCGGGGCGGGGCGGCGGCCGCCAAUCGGGAGAGGGGCGGGCACGAGCCCGGCCGCGUGGACGCUCGGCCGCGCUUCCGGUUCCGGCGUCUCCGCUGUAGCGAUGCGCGCGUCGGCGGCCCCGCGGGUUCUGGCUGCGGCGCGGCAGCGGCGGCGGCGGCCGGCGGAGCUGAAGCUGGCGGCUAAGAAGAGUAGCAAUAAUAGUAAGAAGAAGAUGGUGAAGCGGGCUCGGCCGCGCGCCAAGGAGAUGGAGGCGGCGGCGGCGGAGGAAGCGUCGCGCCGCGCCCGGCACUUGCGGGCCAUCUCCGGCGCUACGGCCGCUGAGCGGGAGCUGGAGGAGCUGGUGUUCGGCGAUAGCCUCGUGGCGGAGGAGGCCGAGCUGCUGCAGCGCCUGGCCGGCCCGCAGCCGAGCGCCGCGCGCAGCGGGGCGCAGCCGUGCCGCUCCGGCCAUUCGGAGUCGGAGAACGAAGCCAAAGGGGGAUUCCCGUCUAAAGGGCCCGUCUGGGUGGAUGAAGACGACGAAGCCGAGGAAAGGGUUGACAUGACCCACAGGUAUAGGAGGGAGCUGAUGAAAAGCGAUGCCGAGAAGAUACUCACUAAGAAAAAGCUAAAAGCAAGACUCGAAGAGCAAUUUCAGCGAGCUAUGGGAGGAGUUCCUGCAUGGGCUGAUAGGGAAAACAGGAAGAAAUCCAAGCAAGCUGCAAGUGAUAGUGGCAGCGAUGAAGAUGAUGAUCUGCUGUGCAGAACUGGCAAUUUCAUAUCAAGCUCAGAAUCCCUACCAAGGGGUAUUUUGGAGAUGAAGAGCUGCUUGCCUGCUAAUCAGGAACGUCUUGCUGAUGGAAAACUGUCAACCGUGCAGUUCCAUCCAUCUGCUCAAGUUGUUCUGACUGCUGGCCGCGAUCGAUCAGUGUCACUCUUUCAGGUUGAUGGCAUAAGGAAUCCAAAAAUACAGAGCAUCUAUUUAGAGAGUUUUCCAAUCUAUAAAGCUCGUUUCAGUGCUGAUGGAGAACAGGUUAUAGCCACUGGUACUCACCAUAAAGUGUUCUAUGUGUAUGACAUGAUGGCUGGAAGUAUUAUUCCUGUACAUCAAGUAAGAGGUAUGGAGGAAAAAUUUGUCAAAAACUUUGAAGUCUCUCCAGAUGGAUCGUUUAUGCUUCUCACUGGAACUUCAGGAUAUCUUCACUUGCUGUCAAUGAAGACAAAAGAACUGAUCAGCACGAUGAAGGUAAAUGGAAGAACCACUGCAUCUGCUUUCACUUCAGACAGCAGUAAAAUAUAUAGUUAUUCCAAGGAAGGUGAAGUUUUCAUUUGGGAUGUGAGAAGCAGGAAGUGCCUACACAAAUUUGAAGAUGAAGGCUCUUUGGAAGGGAAGUGUAUUGCUGUUUCAAGAAAUAACCAGUAUGUGGCAUGUGGUUCAGUUUCUGGAGUUGUGAACUUGUAUACUACUGAUGUUUGUCUCAAAGAAAAUCAUCCUAAGCCAGUUAAAGCCAUAAUGAACCUCGUUACAUCUGCUACGUCCGUGACCUUCAAUCCUACUACAGAAAUCUUGGCUGUGGCUUCCAAUGAAGCUGAUGAGGCUGUCAAAUUGGUACACAUUCCAUCAUAUACUGUAUUCUCAAACUUCCCAGUGUUCAGAAGAAAGCAAAUUUAUCUUACUCAAUCUAUGGACUUUUCUCCUAGAAGUGGAUUUUUCUCUAUAGCAAACAACAAAGGCAAAGCUUUGUUGUAUAGGUUGAAACAUUAUUCAGAUUUCUAGAAGAUACAGGAGAAAAUGGACUAGCUUCUUAGGUGUGGUUACCUGCAACUACACGUAUGCUGACAAAAUCAAGCAAACUACUUGCAAUGGAAGUUGAACAAUAUUAAUAUAACAUCUGUGAUUUGUGAAUGUUUUUCUUAAUAAAUGUACCUGAUAAAUUUC